AUGGAUUUUAAAAGCCGAUACGAAUCAUCACUAACCCUUACAAAGUUUUUUGGCUCAUUGCCUUUACUCGUGGCGUUUCCCCUAGUGUUUUUAUCUCAUAGUCUAAGUACAACAUCAUUUGAAUUUGCUUAUGAAAACACCAUACUAUUAAACAUCUUUUUAGCAUCAGCGUGUCUUUCAAUAGUAAUACUAGCUCAUCGUUUAAAUGUUUUACCUAUAAGCAAUACUACCGCCACCGCCAGCGGAUCAAACAAAAUGUCUACCAUUUAUCUUCUUUCUACAUUUUAUGUCAUAUAUACGUCGGCAUCAUUUCUACCGGCAAACAGAGUGGCAGUAUUGUAUUUGGGAUUGUUUUUGAACUCGUGGAAUUUCUACACUCCAUUGGCAUUUGUUUUGGAUUGUUAUACUAAUUUCAAGGAAUUCUAUGCCCUCCACAUUGUAUUCACAUACUCAUUGGUAAUACUUGGAUAUUACUUAUUGUCCUAUAAAUUGAACCUGACCUCAUUGUCGAAUUUAUUAUCUUCACUCGAUAAACCCACCGUUUUUGGUACGCUUAUUUUGAGUGCAUUGUCACUUGCAUUCUACAAUCCAUCCGUGUUUAAUUUCAGUAUGAUAGGAGUUAACAUUGCUACAUUUAUUGUGUUUAUGAUAGCAAUCCAAGAGUUUCAAAUGAGAGAUAGCAGAUUGUCAAGUGUAUUUGUUUCAUUUUUACUUGAACUUUUGCAAUAUGUUGUGUUAUCACAGAAACCGUCGUUUUCACAAAUACUAAAUGUUGCGCUUGCAGGAGCAGUGACCCCUGACAAAUCGUAUUAUUUUGAACAAGAAGAAGAAAAAGGGACCAGUCACGGACAUAAAAUAACCAACAAUUCAGCUCCCAUUCUUAGAGAGCUAAUGGGACAUUCUGAUACUCGAGCCAUUUUCAACUUUCUUUUACUUAAUGCUACAUUUAUGUUUGUUCAAUUUCUAUACUCGUUUAGAUCUAAAUCAUUAGGAUUACUUUCUGACUCAUUGCACAUGGCUUUAGACUGUAUGUCAUUAGUUUUGGGAUUAAUUGCUGGUGUCAUAUCCAAACACGAAAUAGAUAGCAAUGGGAAAUACCCCUUUGGCUUAAAAAAUUUUGAGAUUUUGGCAGGAUUUACCAAUGGGACAUUGUUAGUCGGUAUUAGUGGAUCCAUUUUAUUUGAGGCCAUUGGCAGGUUAUUUAACCCAGUUCAUUUACAAAAGACUACGGAAUUGAUAAUUGUUUCAAUAUUGGGAUUGCUAGUUAACUUGGUUGGAAUAUUUGCCUUUAAUCAUGGCCAUUCCCAUGGUCAUUCCCAUGGUCACUCUCAUGGUCCCUCUCAUAGCCAUGAACAUUCACAUGGGCAUUCUCAUGAACACCUGCAUAGCCCUGAAUGCAACUCAGAAGAUGAACACGACCAUAUGAAUGACAACAUGAAGGGUAUUUUUUUGCACAUAAUGGCAGACGCCUUGGGUUCGGUUGGUGUUGUAAUCUCAACAAUAUUAACAAAAUACUUUUUGUGGGAUGGAUUUGAUCCGAUAGCGUCAAUUAUAAUUGCCACUUUGAUUUUUGUGUCUGCAGUUCCUUUAAUUAAAUCAACAGCCUCGACCUUGUUGUUAAGUAUCUCAAAAACUAAAGAAGACCAGAUUCGGAAUAUUUUGCACGAAGUUCAACAAGUCAAAGGAGUGAGAUCUCUCACAACGCCAAGGUUCUGGCCCGGUCCUAGAAAUAAUGUUUGUGGGUAUGUUCAUGUUCAAGUUUACCGAGGGGAAAAUACGUCUUAUAUCAAGCGACAAUGUGAGAAAAUGUUUGAGAGCAGGAACAUGGAUGUGAUGCUACAGAUUGAAAACGAUUACGAUGAUUGUUGGUGCAGAAAGUAG